AUGCCAUGGUUUAAUACUCGCGACUUCGACGACUGGGACGUCUUUCAUAGGCUCAUGACGGCUAUGUCCGUUGUUGAGCGAUACGUCCAAUUCCGCGGCGUCCUAUAUGUGGAUUCUAUGGAGGAGAAUCGUGUCACACCUGCGACAGAAAAGAUCCUCACCGGGCUUUGGCUUUUCUGUGGCCAGGACUACAUGCCCAAUGUCACGGUUGUCACAACCAGAUGGAAUGGCCUGGACGCGGAUGGCAUUGAAACCAAGAUGGCUAGAGUUGGGAAAUGGCGUGCAGAAGGGCUGCUGAAACGUUUCUUCAAGCAUGAUGCGAGUAUUUACCACCAUGGACUCGUAAUGGAGGGAGAGAAUAACAGAACAUUGCAUAUCGAGAGGCAAGCCGAGAGGCGUCGGGUCCUCGCUCGGGAUGCAAUCACGGCGCUUUACGAGCACCCAACCAGCCUCAAGCUCCAGAUCUAUACCGAAAUCGCGAAUGGGGCUACCAUCGACACAACCCUCGCCGGAAGGUGGCUUAAAUAUGGGCGCGCAGCUCACGAUUCCCACGAUUCCCAAGACAAUGAUGAAACAAGCGCAGAUUCCUCCCCUGGAGAUGAUUCGACCCGCAGCGAGCAACAAGGGGAGCGUCAGCAGAGAGACGGGGCAAAUAGACCUAACGAAUUCGCGGCAAAAGCAGCAGCAUGGGCUGAACAAUUCUCAGAUACCUGGGAGGACAUCAAACCCUGGGCCCGUCUCUUGUACAAGGCCGCCAGAUUCUAUGGGUCGUGGUCGUCCCGGUCCUCGCCGUCUGGAUUCGAUUAG